AGACUUUCAAAUUUUGUUCUGGUUGUACUGCUUCAUCUUCAUGGUUGUCUGCCUUUUAUCUCAGUCCCCGUGAUUAGAGAUGGAAGGAAUUGCAGCAAGGUUGUAGCUCUGAUGCAUCCUUUUUCCUGUUGCUCUCUGCAGUGCUUUGCCUUUGCCACAAAAGUCCCUCAGCUGCAGUUGGAAGAGUGCCAGGAUUUCUAACCAGGAUAAAUCAGUGUGAAGAAGGAAGUCUCAGCUUCCUUUUUUUCCUGCUCAGGGAGGAUUUCCAACUCAGCAUAUUGCGUGCUUUAAGAGAAUGAGGGAGAAUAAAGAUCACAAAGUGCACUAACUUUCUUUCAUGUGUGCUGUUGUCUUAUGGGAUGCUACCUCUAAAUUACUGAAAACAAAGGUCCAGUCUGAGCCCAAGUUUUGUCGAAACUAUAAAGUUCUUGUCGAGAAAUGCUGACCCUUCAGGGCAACAAGAGGUACAAGAAAAUUCCAGCCCAUCCAUAUUACUGUGCUAUUUCCUUCCUAAUAUGUGUGCCUGCUGCUCCGAUACUCUUUUUUUUCCCUACUUCCAAAUCAUUUGGGCAGAAGCUUGCUAUUUAAUUUAAUUUAAUUUAAUUUUAACCCCAAGGGUGUUGCAGGGAGUGUCUUAUGAGUCACUAGAAGUGCAUGCACUUCAGGGGGAAAGAGGAGACCAAGUCUCCAGAGCUUUGAGAUUACACUGGAAUUCAUGAAGAGGGAAUGGCCUUUAAAAAUUUGUAGGAAAAGUGGCAAGUACAAAUAGUUUUCUUCAUUUUGGUAGACCUUGCUCUGAGUUCCUUUACCUCAUGUCACUAUGUGGAUGUUAUGCAAUUUCCCAGCAGGUUAAGUCCUUGAUUUCCAUUUGUUUCAGUAGUCAGUGUGUGCACUGUGAAUCAGACAUAGAUGGCGAUGGCCCAGUCUGCAAUUCCUGCUGCUGCUUGGCAGGAGUUUAUUAAAUCUGUUCUUCUUGGCUAGACCUCUUAUCCUGGCUUGUGGUCUUAUUUACAGAGUGAUGGCAGAGUUAUUUCUACUCCAAAGGACUGUAGUGAUAUUGUCUAAAGGCUUCAGGAUGAGAUACGGCCGGAGAUCUGUGGGGAGGUGAACUCAAGAGUUAUCUGUUCUUUUCAGUCUUUUUUUUUAAAUGGAAGAAGUAGAGACUGUUUGGAAUGAGGUUUGAAACUUAGUGUCUUCUGGAGAGAUACUCCAGAAGACACUGUCUUCUUAGUUUGGUCUUCUGAGCCGUCACAUGAAUACUCUUCUCCCAGACCUCAUAAUGUUUUCCCCAAUUUUUGAUACUGUUCAGAGAUUAUGUAGAUACAUAAUGAUGUGAGUGCAGUUCAUUCAUUAAAGUCUGUGUGCAGAGCCGUGGAUUUGGCAAAGAGCUAGGGAAAAGAAGUUUUGGUUAGUGCAUGUUUGGGGAGGAUCUUUUUCAGGAAAUCUUAAGCCACGCAAUUCCAGAUAUUCAUGCUGUGGAAUGUAAGUUUUUAUUGUUUUCCCACUUAUUUUAUGUACUUAAGACAAAUUAGCAUCUUAAAACAGUUUUAGGGGGAUUAAGCACAUCCCUUGAACCAAGUAUAUCCCACUGCAUUUACAGUGGGAAUUCAUAUUACUGUGUGUUUGCUCUCUGUCCUUGUGCACAGUCACCAAGUCACUUCAUUCAGUGACUUGGGAUUGCCACUUACAUUAGAGAACUCAGCAGUCAGAGUUUAUGUACUGGCACUGGCUGCCAUAUGCCAUUUUACACACAACUGGUUGUUACUUUAUAGCAACUUUAGUGCCCAACUCCUGAUGUCACCCCUGCCUUAAGUUAAUAAUUUUCAGAAUAAUUUAGAUAUGCAUGUUGAUUUUAGAGCACUUCAAAAAUUUGCCACUUGAAUCAGGCAUGCUGGCUCGCCUGUGGAGAGGAUUAUCUGAAGAGUGAAGGGUAAGCACAAGCAGAGCCCGGCGCCCUGCUGGCAGUGACACUUGUGUUGGCAGCAGACAGUGGGGUGUCGGCAUAAGGCUGAUGGAACUGGUCAGUGGAGGGGAUGAAAAGUGCCAUAGAGGCAGAGUUAGAUUUAGAUGAGAGCUCAGCAGCACAAGAAGUUCGGUCUCAAUAUUCUGAUACAAACUGAGGUGUAAAUGCCACUACAGAAAGUCUGUACAGACAUUCCUGAAGAUGUGUGGCUCAAACUGCUUCCAACUGUCUGAACAUUUGUUAUUUAACUGAUGAAGCUUUCCUACCAUUUGCUUUCCUCCUGAAGCCUUCAUCUCUUGAAGGAUCAGAAUUGGGUACUCUAUGGAAUCAAGACCAGCUAAAACAUGAGAAGAUAAAUUCAAGAUGAUCCAGCCAGAAGAUUUUUCACUUCAUAGAAGUAUUAUUUUUGUUUAAUAUGUAAUAUAAUUAGAAAAAUACAAAUUCAGUUGCCUUUCUCGAAGUUAGGACGUGCCUGUGGCCUUCAUCAGAGAUGUUUCUAACAUUUUCAAGAAAAAAUAUGUCCCAGAAACUGAGUAUGUUUUUACUAGUCUUUGGAAUCAUUUGGGGUUUGAUGUUGCUACGCUACACUUUCCAGUAUCCAAGACGCCAAAGCAGUGCUGAGUUGCGUGGACAGAUAUUAGAUCUCAGUAAAAGAUAUGUCAAAGCACUGGCAGAAGAAAACAAAAACCUGAUGAAUGGUGGUGGUGGAGCCUCUGUGUCAGGAUAUGCUGAUCUUAAGAGAACAAUUGCUGUUCUUCUGGAUGACAUCUUACAACGCCUGGUGAAACUGGAAAACAAGGUUGAUUACAUCGUUGUGAAUGGCUCAGCGACAAACACCACGAAUGGAACUAACCAUCAGGUGCCAGUGACUUCAAACAAACGUGUAAAGCCAGCAAGCAACAUUAGAUAGCAAGCAAGCCUGCUUUGUGUUGCUAUGUCAUUGAUGGAUAAUAUUUAAGAUAAGCUUUUUUCCUCUGGCUAAGGCAAAGCAGUAGUUGACUCCAAAACAAGCGCAAACUAUUGUAUUCUACAACGUGCUUGGAUCUAUGUAGGCCUAACGUAUGCUUAGGUUCUCAAAGCAUUAUUUCAUUGCCAUUGAGCAGUGCUUCUGAAGUGAUCUUUGUUGUCUCUAAAGAUAUUUUGAUAUGAUUUGAUGUAGUAAGCCAUUGGAUAAUAACAAUACGUGGAAAACAAUGAGAAACUUAUAGGUAGGUUUCUAAAUACACUUAUUUAAGUAUGAAUAUAACAUAUCUUUUGGAUAGGUGAGCAGUAUUGUAGUUUAUUCAUUUUUUGUGAUCUGCAUUAAGCCAAGGUAACUGAGGAAAAUGUGUUGCUAAACAGAUGUUGGAAGAUGUGUACAUUUAAAAUAUUUUCUUACUUAUUUACUAAAACAAUAUUAAAUUGAGGAUAGCAUUGGUGGUAAUAUUUUAAAAUUGUGACCCAAAGAAUGUCUUUAUUUGCACUAUCUGUCAGAAUAGUUAAAGAGAAUUUACUGUAUAUUUAAGAAAAUUUAUUAUAAUAGGAAAACAUUCUAGGUAGUAACACUGUCCAGGUUUAUCUUUAUGCCAGAGAUAGGGCAGUUAGAUUAUCAAAAGCAAAUCAUCAUAUGUGAUAUCUUAGAUUAUUAUUUCUUAAAAAGAUAUUUAAGUGUAUGUAUUUUGUAAUUGCAGAUAAAAUUAUUUAAGUGAUGGAAAUAAGUUUUGAAUGUGUGAAUAUAGUUUAUUUUUAUUCAUUGCUGUUUGUUUUAAGAUUUUAAUGCCUUGCAGUUUGUGCUUAGUAUAGCACAUCAUCUCCCUGAAUUACUUUCUUGAUCAGAAGGAAAAGCAAUGAAGGGAAUCAAGGCAUCUCUGCAUUUAACAGCAGUAUGUGUACUAAGGGUGUCUAAUAAUGGAAUAUUUGAGAGCUAAGGUAAUGUUUGCCUUAUAUCUAAGUCAGCCUUACAGCAAAGUGAAUUGCAUGCAGUGUUGGGUGCACUGUAUCUCAAAUGUUACUGAAAUAAUAUUGAAGUGCCACUGAACCUGUUUUUUUAAACUGUACUCAAUGUUGGGGGGGAGAGAAUGUUCAGGGACUUUUGCCAAAAGUGUCCUGUGAGGUUUUGGGAAUGAGUAAAACCAGAGGCACUGGGUGAUAUACCAGGCAAAGUUAUGCAGUUUUUUCCUUUCUUCUGUUUUCCUGCUUAUAUUCGUGAUGGUUAUAAAGGAAAAUACAAUUGCAAUAUUAAUUCGUACUUAUUUAGUAUUCAGAUGAUUCUUUUUGUCACAUUGUGUGUAAACAUGUACUCACUUCAAUGCGGAAAGAGAAAAAUAAAUUUUUAAUUGUACUUGUAAA